UGGAACAUUUUUAGAUAAUGAAGGGACUUACUGAGGAAGAUAUUUUGAAGUUGCUUCAUGCAUCAGACUCAGAAGUAAGUGAUGAAGACGAUUCUGAGAAUUUGUUUGUGCCAGAAAAUAUUGAUGCAUCGAGUUCUGAUUCUGAUACAGAUGAAAUACCAGUUCAAAAUGCAUCAAAAUCUUCAAGGAAUAUUAAUCAACUCAAAGCAGACACUCUCAGUUCUCCACAAGUUAUAUAGAAGAAAAACCUAUCAGGCAGAAAAUAUCUGAAGAAGAAGAAAUUAUUUAAAGCUAAGCAUCACCCAGGACCAUCGGACUUUUCUGGAAUGCAGAUCCAUUGCGUACUACUCUCCAAUAUUUUACCAUGUUUUACAGAUGAAUUCUUUAAGACUGCUGAAGAACAUACGAGUCAAUAUACUGUGUGGAAGCAUGGAAAAAGCAUUAAAACAGAUGCAACAGAACUUAAGAAAUUUGUAGCUGUCAACCUUAUUAUGGGUUGCAUCAAACUUCCUCAACUGCAGCACUGAGUAUGGCUGUACUCCAGUUUCGAGAAUCAUGUCAAGAAACAGGUUUGUGGCACUCAGAAAUGCUUUUGCACAUGGUUGAUGCUUCCUCUGCCCCAGGUAAUAAUAAUAAAGUGUGGAAAGUACAGCCAGUUCUUGAUGCAGUAAGAAAUGUGUGUCUGAGUCUUUCAUGGGAUCAUGUUACUUAUUCAGUUGAUGAACAAAUGAUCAAUUUACGGCUCGCUGCCCACUGAGGCAGUUUGUAAAAAACAAACCUCGACCAGUUGGUUUAAAGAACUUUGUACUUACUAAAUCAGCUGGUCUUGUAUUAGACUUUUAAAUAUAUCAAGGUGAUUCAACUCCUCUACGACUAAGGAGUGUGGAUUAUGCCCUUCUGUGAUGUUAAGAUUGGCACAAACUUUACCUCAAGAAAGCUUCAUCUACUUUACAUCAUUGCCUUUACUGGAGAAAUUGACUGAAAUGAAACUCUAUGGAAGUGGAACAAUAAUGGCCAACAGACUAAAGGGCUUGCCUCUCAGUGAUGCAAGCAAGAUGGUUCAUGGACAGAGUAUAGAACAUGUUGCUGUAAACUGUGAUUUAGUAGUUGUAGAGUGGAAAGACAGCAACAAAGUAAUCAUGGCUUCAAACUGCUGUGGCACCACACCGACUGAGCCUGUGCAACGUUGGUCCAAAAUUGAUAACAAACACAUUGAAGUCGAUUGUCCUUCUGUGGUGUGCAAAUAUAAUCAAAACAUGGAUGGAGUUGACGUUUGUGACCAGCAGAUGGAAUGCUACAGAGCCUGGUUCAGAAGUAUGAAAUGGACAUGGAAAGUAAUUUUGCACUUUGUGGACCUUGCUGUGGUAAAUGCAUGGAACCAAUACAUGAGAAGCAUCAAAAGAAAUAAUAUUCCAAGAAAAGAACAGAAAGAUUUGCUACACUUCAAAUUAGAGGUAGCAGAAGGACUGCUUGCAGUUCCACCUGAGGAUAGAAGGGUGUUAAGUGAGACUGAACAAGAAGGAGACAUACUUCCUGUGGCCAAAAGGUGUAAAUUCUUUAAUCAAACUGCAAAGCUUCCAUGCAGUGACAAGCGCUAUAAUGGAUAUGAACAUUUUCCAAUUUCUGAUGAUAUUCCAGCACCACACACUUGCAGAUACGAGCCAUGCAAAAGUCGCAGCAAAAUGUGGUGCGAAAAGUGUAACGUGUACUUGUGCCUGUCGAAGGACAAGACAUGUUUUAAGGAGUUUCAUGUUCCUCCCAAACAGAAACAAAGAAGGCAAACAUUCAUUUAAAACAGCUACAACAAGAGUUUUGUACAUUUUUGUAUAGUUUUACAAGCACAAUAAAUGUUGUGUUCUCUAAA